UAACCAUGGCACGUUUAUUUUGAAGUAUUGUUUAUUUUCAAAUUUCAGAAGUUAUAGAUUGUGUGCAUACCUAGUAUCAAAAAUGAAAGUAAUAAUAAUUGUGGCAGCUGUUUUGGCUUUUACUGACGCCCAAAUUCCAUCCGAAACUUGCCCAGAAGUUUCUGUGGUACAGAACUUCAGUAUAUCAGAGUAUGCUGGGGUAUGGUACGAGCAACAAAAAUACCCAUUCAUUAUCGAGGUUUUAGGCCGAUGCAAUACAGCUGAAUACUCGCUGAAACCUGACGGUACUAUAAUGGUAACCAACCGGCAAGUCGGCAUUCUUACAGGCCAUCCAAUUUCAGUCGAUGGUACAGUGCAUCUGAAUUCUACUAGUGGUGAAGGAAAAAUGAUUGUCAAUCUGUUUUCAGUGGGAAAAGAUGUACCAUACUGGAUACUGGACACAGAUUAUAAGACAUACACAGUAGUAUGGUCUUGCAGAGAACUAUCUAUCAUUGGAGAAACUUUAACUGCAUGGAUUCUUACUCGGGAGAGGAAUCCACCAAAAGAAGUAAUCGAUAAGGCAAUUAGCGUUUUUGAAAAUCAAAACCUCUCAACAACUUCAUUGACCAAGACAGACCAACAGAAUUGUCCGCAAUUCUGAUUUAGCCAUUCAAAUGACAGCAUGUAAUAUAAUUUUCUACUAGGAGGAUUAUACCUAAGAUUCAACUCUCUGCAUUUUCAAUUAAGAAUACUCCUAAUCAAGUAUGUUCCCAACGUUAACCCCUGGUCGGACUCUACCAUAUUUAUAACCUAAAUACGAACUAUUUCU